AUGGGACUUCCAGGUCUGCAACCGGUCCUGGUCGUUCUCCUGGGCUGCUGGGCCCCGGUAAGCACCCAAACUGGGCCUACUCCGGCGGUGACGACGGAGGGCCUCUACUCCGCGGAGGCAACCGUGGCGUCUUUCGGAGCCUCUCCAUCAUCUGGGUCCCCUGCCACCCCCACGGGGCCAGGCCCCUCUUUCGGUCCCAGGCCCACUCCGAUCACCGACGUUGCUGCCCUGUGUGUCUGUGACUUGUCCCCAGCACAGUGUGACGUCAACUGCUGUUGUGAUCCUGAUUGCAGCUCCACGGAUUUCAGCGUCUUUUCCACUUGCUCAGUUCCAAUUGUCACGGGUGAUAGCCAGUUUUGCAGUCAAAAAACAGCCAUUUAUUCAAUGAAUUUUACAGCAAAUCCACCUCAAAGGGUAUUUAAACUUGUCAAUAAGAUCAAUCCAUCUAUUUUCUGCAUUCAUAUUACAAACUAUAAACCUGCAUUGUCUUUUAUUAAUCCUGAAGUGGUUGAUGAAAACAGUUUUGAUAAAUUAAUGAGAACAUCUGGUGGUUUUUCACUGAAUGCAGAAUCAGACAUUUCUUCCACAACCAAACUGGAUUCUCCUCAUACUUCUGCUAAAUAUGAGUAUGGUGUUCCUCUGCAGACCCCUGGCUCCUUUCUGAGGCUCCCUUCUCCCCUUACAUCGUCUCUGUGCACUGAUGAUAACCCUGCAGCGUUUCUGGUGAACCAAGCUGUGAAGUGUACCAGGAGGAUAAAUUUGGAACAGUGUGAGACAGUCAAAGCCCUUAGAAUGGCUUCUUACAGCCGUCCUGAAAUUUUGAGGGUGCCCAAUUCAGGAACAAAGGUCCCUGUCACUGUUCAGUCCAUUGUUAUUCAGUCUCUGAACCAGACGUGGACCCGACUGGAAGACACUCGUGUUGAUCUGGAGCCUGCGCUUGUUAGUGCUGGGAAUCUUAAGGUCUGCACUAACGUUGUUCUUGAGGUCAAGUACAGCCUCACGUACACAGACGCAGGUGAAGUGACAAAAGCUGGGCUCUCGCUGCUUCUGGGGACAGUUGGCAGUGGAGUUCUCUCAAUCCAGCAGAAGUUUGAAAUUCAUUUUUUUCAGCAAAACACAAAGCCAGUUCCUCUCAGUGGAAACCCUGGUUAUGUUGUGGGGCUCCCGUUAGUGGCUGGAUUUCAGCCCCAGAAGGGGCGAUUGUCCCUUAACUUCCUGUGAAUGUCUGGGAUUAUUCAGACAACAAAUCGAUAUGGACAACUUACUAUUCUUCGUAGCACCACUGAGCAAGACUGUUUAGCAGUAGAGGGGGUCCGGACCCCGGUAUUAUUUGGUUACAACAUGCAGUCCGGCUGUAAACUGCGACUGACCAGAGCUGUCCCAUGUCAGCUUGCCGUGCAGAAGGUGAAGAGCUUGCUCAAGGGCCAGGGCUUCCCAGAUUAUGUGGCUCCUUUUGGAAAUUCCCGGGCCCACGAUGUGCUGGACUGGGUGCCUGUCUGCUUCCUCACACAGUCAUCCAACGUGAAGGAUUCGUGCCAGGUCCCAGUGGCUUUGGUUAUAGAAGUGAAGUGGACUAAAUAUGGAUCCUUGGUGAACCCACAGGCCAAAAUCGUGAAUGUGACUGCAAACCUCAUUUCAUCCUCAUUUCCUGAGGCCGACUCAGGAAAUGAAAGGACGAUUCUUAUUUCCACUGCGGUUACUUUUGUGGAUGUGUCUGCACCUGCAGAGGCGGGUUUCAGAGCGCGGCCAACCAUCAACGCCAGGCUGCCCUUCAAUUUCUUCUUCCCGUUUGUUUGA